AUGUCUAUAUUACAAAUAAAAAAUGCUCUUGACUCGCCAAACUUCGACCCAGUUCAAUACUUUAACAAACUAUUUCCCAACGAGCAAUCAUUGGCAUCAGUCGAUGGCGUUUUGAGUAAACUUGAAAACAAAAUGGAUGAGAUGAAUGAGGAAGCAAAACGUUUGACAGAUACUCAGUUCUUAAAAAACACACAAGAGGGAAAUACCAAGUUGGAUAAAGCGAAAGAAGCCAUUCAAGAACUCUUUAAGCAAAUUCAAGAUAUCAAAUCUAAAGCAGCACAGUCAGAAUCGAUGGUACAAGAUAUAACACAAGACGUCAAAUCUUUGGAUUAUGCAAAAAGACAUUUGACACAUUCAGUGACAGUAUUGAAAAGGCUUCAAAUGCUAGUUACAGCUGUUGAGCAACUGGAGAUCAUGUCGAGAAAUAUGCAAUUUAAAGAAAGUGCACAGUUAUUGCAGGCUGUCAUCCAGUUAACGCAGCAUUUCAAAACUUACAAGAGCGUCCCACAAAUAGCUCGAUUGUCUGAUCGCAUCAAAAAGCUUAAAAAGGAACUGGAAAAUUGCGUUGUACGCGAACUGGGCAAAGGAUUUAAUCAAGAAGGGCAACUAGUAGGCCAGCCAUGGCUGUUGCAUGAUGCUUGUUUGGUAGCCAACGUCUUAGGUGAUGCGACAAAUGAGAAAAUCAUUACAAAGUAUGUAGAUCUUCAGCUUGUCAACUAUCGACAGAUAUUUCGCCCCACAGAUGAAGUAGCACAAUUGGAUAAUAUUUCGCGCCGUUAUGCCUUUCUGAAACGUAUACUAAAGGUGUGCGACGAGGUACAUGCUGAGAUUUUCCCUACAUCUUGGUCAAUGAGUGGAAGAGUUUGUGAAAGAUUUUGCGAAUACACAAAAGCUGAUUUAGAUGUAGUUCUGAAGAAUAAUCCUUGUGAUGUUAAAGAUUUAUUGAAAGCAUUGCAAUUGACAAUUGAUUUUGAGAGCCAGCUUUCAAAGAAAUAUAAAAGGUUCUCAAAAGAGAAAGAAAAUGAAGAGCAACAACAGAAACAGCAGGUGUUAACGUUUGAUAAAGCCAUAUCGUCUGCUUUCCAACCUUAUCUUUUUAUUUAUAUCAACGCAGAAGACGCCACUAUAGCCUCGAUGAUCGACUCAUAUCAUCAGUCUGACGCGAAAGCCGAUGCUGAAGAUGACGGAAGUAUGGUUGUAUUGCCUUCCAGUACGGACUUAUUCUAUUUUUACAGAGAAACGCUGACUCAAUGCUCAAAGUUUUCUACUGGGAAAGCACUCUACGAUCUAUGCCGAUUGUUUGUUAAACAUUUGGAUAAUUACUGCACUAUGAUAUUGCUGGGUGGUUUAAAACGCUUGGAUAAAGAAACAAUCAGUGCGAAACAUUUUCGUUUCGCUACUUUAGUGUUAAAUACAGCUGAUUAUUGUAGUAUUACUACCUCACAGUUGGAAGAGAAAUUGAAGGAGAAAGUGGACGAUACUUUUAGGGAAAAGGUUAACUUAGAGGGCGUCAAGGAAAAUUUUAUGCGAACCGCUUCCACUUCGAUUGAUGCAAUGAUUAAAUACUUGGAACAGGCAGUUGACCCACAAAUGUCGCAAAUGACACGACUUCCAUGGGGUACAAUGGACUCAGUAGGAGAUCAGUCGAACUAUAUCAGUCAAAUGCUCGAUAUUAUUCGGAGUAAUGUCAAUAUCAUUGCCCAAUUGAUAGCCAACAAACGCUAUUUCAGAACAUUUCAUGACAGAUUUGCAGAAUUUUUUAUUACAAAGUUUUUACUUCAGAUUUUUAAGUGUAAACCUAUUUCAGAGAUUGGUGCAGAGCAGCUUUUACUGGAUACACAUUCACUAAAGACACUUCUGAUGGAAAUACCUACUCUUGGUUCGACGGAAGGAACUCCAACAACAUUAACAAACUCUCGAAUUGUAAACAGAGGUAUUUCAAAAGUAGAAGCAAUUUUAAAGACGGUGAUGUCGUCUAUUGAGCCUCCCGAGGGCUAUGUUGAGAAUUAUCUGUUACUUGUAAGCGAUAAGCACGAUGGCAAUUUUACUCGCUUGCUUGAUUUGAAAGGUGUGAAAAAAACAGAACAGAAUCCUCUUUUGGAAAUGUUCCAUCGACGUAUCAAGUAUCAUGACAAUUUAUCAGAUAAUAGUAAUAUACUACCUUUGGAAGUUUUGGCACCGACAAUGUCGGGUAGCGGGUCAAGCAGCGGUUUAUUGCUGUCUACUACCACAGCUCUAUCAUCUUCGAAUCCUGCUGCCUCCAUUUCGGCCGCUAUACCAAGCUCUAUCACCACUUCACUGAGCUCUAUGGCAUCGACGGCAGCUUCCAACUUCAACAACGCAACCAAUAUGAAUGCUUCAUCAUUUUUAAAGUCGAAUAACAGUGGUAGUGCGUCAUCACUCAUCGCAUCUCCUACUACAGCUUUUUCUUCUGCUGCUGCGGAAGCUGCUCGGGGGCGAAUCAACGAAAAUUUCAGGAAGUUAGUCAAGUCAGGUAUGGGCUUCCGCAAUAAGGAAAUUCAAGACAGAAAAGAAUAAGUAACAGUAGAAAUGUAUCAAAAAAUACUAUACAAUGCUGUAAAAUAUUCCACAUCUCUAAGUUCUACUUAGUGUAUUGAUGCUAUAUUUUUUAUGUAUUUUACUUUUUUUUUCCAAGAUACAUUGCUCUGACCAUGCCUCUCUAAUACACAUAUCUUAAAUUGAAGCUAGUUGUACAAUUUUAAGUACAUUUACAAAUUCUUUAGCGAUGAAGCUUUUCUCAUUUUUGUAGACAUGUCAAUUAAAAAGGGCCAACAUCUUAGUAGUAAAGACUUUUCGUCUAAUGCUUAAUAUACUUUUCGUAC